UAAUAUAAUCGUUAUGAAUGAUGAUAAGUCCGAAAGCUACCAGUUGGUGUGAUUCUAGUGAAUAGAUAUACUUUAAUUGAGACAACAAAAUGAAUCUUUAUUUCAAUUUGCUAAAACACAAAGUGUGUUAUUCUGAGCAAAAAAGAAUGAUAUUGCUUUCGUCUAAAAACAUUUCAAUCAGCUUCUACAAAGGUUGUGAAAUUACAUUUGGCGAUGUAAAAAUCAUUGAGUAUUGCUUCAGAAAACUAAAAAAAUUAAGAAAAUAUAAAAAAUUUUAUUGUUUAUCAUGAUUAUAAUAACAAACAUUUUUAAUUUCCUAAAUUUUAUUUUAUUUAUUUCAUGGAUUUACUUAUAAAU